AUGCAUGGUAGAGCUGCACACUUAUAUGCCUUAGAGGUGAAGAAAAAGAAGGAAUUGGCUAAUGUACAAGUGAAAGAAAAGAGGAAAGAGGUGGGACAGAACUCUGGGAACCAACAGGGUAACCAGAAUAACUUCAAGAAGCGGAAUUACCACCAUAACAACAAUAACUUCCACAACAACAACAACAACAACAAUAACAAUUUCCAAGGUAACAAUCGUCAAGGAGGACGUAACUUCAAUGGAGGGGCUAGGAACAAUGACCAAGGGAAUAAUAUAAUUAAGAGGUGUUAUUUUUCAAGAGAUGCAAGAAUAACCACCCUAGAAAGGAUUGUGAAGGAAAUCUUGUUGCUUGUCGUGCUUGCAACAAGUUGGGACAUAGAGAAUACGAGUGUUUCUCCAAAGGUUCUAAUGGGAAUAAGAAAAACAACAAUUUAG